AUGACUAAGGUCGCUGUUGAUAUGCUUGAGUAUGAGCUUCAUGAAUACAAUGUGCCCCGAGCAAAUCCAUUGGUAGCAUCUGAUAAAGUUGACCUUAAACCAGCCGGCUAUGAAAAUCCUGUAUUUUCGACUCAAGAACUACCGGGAGCCUCUCGUGAAAAUGGAAAAAUUAUAACAACAAAGUUACCAGAAAAACUUGAUGAUAAUGACGACAACGACGACGACGACGGCGAUGAUGAUGACGAUGAAGACAAAAAUAACAUAGGUUUUGAAAGACUACCAGAUGAAGGACACAGACUUGGCUUAUUGGUGCUAAAAUUUCAUGAAUUUCUGGUUAAUUUGAUUAAAAAAGAUAGAACCAAAGCCGCUAAUGCAGUUAAAAUAAUACUUUUAAUUGGUUUUAUAAUCUAUUUUGGUUUUGCUAUGAGUGCGCAAUACGGAACACCCGCGUUUCCUAUAAGGGGAAACAUAUUUCGAGGAAAUUAUGGUUUUGCUCUAUUUUUUUUUGUUGUUUUUGUUGUUUUUGUUGUUGCAUGGGAAAAAUUUCUUCGAAGUUCACUCGAACGUGUGAUUAAGGCCAUUUCAACCUCAACUUCGAAUAAUCCAUCGUUGACUCGACUGAAAAAACUAAUAGAUAAAUAUUUUUGGAUUACACAUAUCCUAGUUUUUCUUGCUGUAGCUCUGUAUAUUGGAUUGACAUUAACACGAACCAGAAAUUUAGUUUCAUUGAUUGGUAUAUUUACAUUGAUUUUGCUUGGAACACUUGGCUCAAAAUAUCCUCAUCGGAUUCGAUGGUCAACUGUAUUCUAUUCGUUUAUACUACAAUUCUUAUUAGCUACUUUUGUUAUUCGCGUUAAGGUUGGUUUGCAACUUUUUGAAUUUCUUGGAGAUGCAGUAGUAAAAUUUAUUGAUAAUGCAGCUGCCGGAGGAAUAUUUGUCUUUGGAAAAGAUUAUGAAGAUCAUUUUUAUGUUUUUAAAGUGACGUCAAUAAUUAUUUUUCUUGGAGCUGUAAUAAAUACUCUCUAUUAUUUUGGUGCUAUGCAAUAUAUUAUUGGCAAAAUUGCUUGGCUGAUGCAGAAAUGUUUAAAUACAACAGCAGCUGAAUCAUUGAAUGCAGCUGCAAAUAUAUUUGUGGGAAUGAGCGAAGCACCACUGAUGAUCAUGCCAUUAGUACCAAUGAUGACAACAUCUGAACUUCAUGCUGUCUUAGUCGGUGGUUUUGCAACAAUGGCAGGAUCCAUUCUUGCAAUUUUUAUAUCUUUUGGUGUUCCAGCAAAUCAUUUAAUUGCUGCUAGUGUUAUGGCUGCACCUAGUGCACUUGGUUUUGCCAAACUUUUGUUACCAGAAACACAUAAAUCAAAAACAUCAUGGGAAAUUGUGAAAAAUAUACCACUACCACCACAACACAAUGCAAUCGAUGCUUUGAUGACCGGAGCUGGAAACGCGUUAAAAAUUUGUGGCUAUCUAAUUGCAAAUUUAAUAGCGUUUAUUGGUGUUCUCAAUUUUCUUGAUGUUACAAUAUCGUGGCUUUUCAAUAUGGUGCAUCAUCCUGAAGUUAAUUUUCAAUAUUUACUAGGUUUACUGUUUUAUCCAUUUGCAGUUAUAAUUGGUAUACCAUUUCGUGAUUGUCUUCUUGCAUCAAAAUUAAUUGGUAUCAAAGUUAGCUUAAAUGAAUUCAUUGCUUAUGAAGAGCUCGGCAAAAUUCGUAAAUUGCGCGAUGAGCUUAUAGCAAAUGAGACAUUUUCCGAAUAUUUAAGCGGUAACUUCCCACUGCCAGUUGGCACUCGAAUGUUGUGGGAUGAAAGUUCAAUAAUUAUUUUGACUUACGCGCUGUGUGGUUUUGCUAAUUUUGGUUCCAUGGGUAUCGCAUUAGCAACAUUAAGUGUAUUUGCACCUCAACGAAAACGAGCUUUAAUAAAAAUUGCACCACGUGCGUUAAUCGGUGGCAAUAUGGUUUCAUUGAUGACUGCAUCGAUUGCUGGUCUACUUUAUGAUCCUCGGAAUAUUGUAUCAAUACCAAAGUUGAAUUCUACAAUCAUAUAA